AAAUAAAAGGGCUCAGGUAAGGCCUCUCCGGCAGCGUGUCUUUGUUAUUGUUUGUGUUGCGUCGAGUGAGUCAGAUGGGGCUGAGUGGGAGGCCUUUGGACCAAGGUGAACCUCUGUCCCUCCCUCCUCCUCGCCUAUAACUCUUCCUCAAAGCGACCAUGCUUGCUCUCGUGCUUGCGGAUGAUACAUGAGGGACAGCAGUGAGGCAGCGGGGCAUGGGCAUGGAUGCACACAGAGAGACUAUGUUGCGUAGACAGUGGCUCAGGACCAGAAGACGUGUCGCGGAAAGUAGUUUGUUGGUGGCUGUUGGAGUUUCGUGGCGCUGCGGUGUUCAUUGUUGGUGCUGAAGGUCAGUGCUGUCAUAUAUUCCCCCGUAUACUUCCGCUAGUUGAGUGCACAACGGCAGUGUACGGGCAGGCGAGGUGGAGGGAGGCUGGGAACAAGACGUCUGUGAUACCUGUUGAUACUAUGUGAGCACGCCUCCCCCCUGCCUGGGCGUCACGUGCAGGAUGAAGGAAGCCGAGCGCUCCCCCUCCCCCGGUGUGGGCAACGGCCGCACGGGGCCUCGCGGCUCUGUCGCCUCCCUCAGCUCCCUCGGGGGCAGCUCCCACGAUGAGCUCUUCCGUUCCCCCAGGCACGCGGAAGCGGCGCUGCGGCGCAUGGAGGCCUACUACGCGCGAGGACAACUGUGCGACGUUACGCUCGUGGCUGGAUCCCGCCGGAUCAGAGCCCACCGUCUUGUGCUUAGUGCUGCCAGUGAUUAUUUUGCCGCCAUGUUUACCUCACCUGUCCUGGAGGCAACACAGGAAGAGGUGGUUAUGAGAGACAUGGAUUCUGAUGCUCUUCAGACCCUUAUCAACUACUGUUAUACAGGAACAUUGGAACUUCAUGAGGACACAGUGGAAGUAGUUCUGUCAACAGCCCAUCAUUUACUUCUGACUGAGGUAGUAGAUGUGUGCUGUGACUUCCUCACCAAACAACUCCAUCCAGCAAAUUGCCUUGGAAUACAGCUGUUUGCAGACACUCAGGGAUGCUCAGAGCUGCACCGAAUUGCUUCUACAUAUACUGCUGAACAUUUCCAAGAAGUUACACAGCACCAAGAGUUCCUGCAGUUGCCCACUGAAGAGGCUGCAAGACUUCUAGCUUCUGAUGACCUCAAUGUUCCCUCUGAAGAAUUGAUUUUCCAGGCUCUUGUGACUUGGCUGAAGUAUGACUUAGAGAACCGUUCAAAAGACAUGGCCCGUCUUUUAGGGCUUGUGAAGUUGCCGCUUCUCUCACCUCAGUUCCUGGCAGACCACAUAGAGACCAAUUUGCUUUUUAAAGAAGACCGUGAAUGCCAAGACCUGAUUGUAGAAGCCCUCAAGUACCACCUGUUGCCCGAAAGAAGAUCCACGCUCCAGUCGCCCCGCACCAAACCACGGAAAUCCACCGUUGGGGACCUUUAUGUUAUUGGGGGCAUGGACUCCAAUAAGGGUGGGUGGAGAGGAAGUUCUACAGGCAUUGAGAAGUACAAUCUCCGAACAAACACGUGGAACACAGUGGGAACUAUGACGGGCAGGAGGCUGCAGUUCGGAGUGGCUGUUCUGGAUGGGAAGUUGCAUGUAGUUGGAGGGAGAGAUGGCUUCAAAACCCUGAAUACUGUUGAAUGCUACGAACCAACAACAAAUGUCUGGACACAGCUGCCUCCCAUGUCCACUCAUAGGCAUGGCUUAGGAGUGGGUGUUCUUGAGGGACCUUUAUAUGCUGUUGGAGGGCAUGAUGGAUGGAGUUACCUGAACACUGUUGAACGUUGGGAUCCCCAAGCAAGGCAGUGGAGUUAUGUUGCGCCCAUGUCAACUGCCAGAUCCACUGUUGGAGUGGCUGUGUUGAAUGGAAGACUGUAUGCUGUAGGUGGAAGAGAUGGAUCAUCUUGUUUAAGGACAGUAGAAUGCUAUGAUCCCCACACAAACAAGUGGACUCCAUGUGCUCCCAUGGCCAGGAGAAGAGGUGGUGUGGGGGUGGGAGUAGUGAAUGGAUUCCUCUAUGCUGUGGGAGGGCAUGAUGCUCCUGCUUCAAACCCAUGUGCUUCCAGAUUUGACUGUGUUGAAAGAUAUGAUCCUGCUACUGAUACAUGGACACAGGUUGCAUGUCUAAGUUUAGGCUGUGAUAGUGCAGGGGUGAGUCUACUGGGUGACCGUCUGUUUUGCGUUGGAGGUUAUGAUGGCCAAACCUAUCUCAAUCUUGUGCACGCUUAUGACCCUCAAACCAAUGAGUGGACGCAGAUGGCUCCAUUGCCCACAGGACGCGCUGGGGCUUGUGUUGUAGUUGUCAAGAGCACUCACUGACCCAGGUUUUCCUAUACUGGAGUCUAGAGCUACUUCCAUUAAUGGGUACUACAGGGCACUCAAAUGGAAUACUGCGGAAGACACCAAACAGUAGAGAUAUUUUGGAUAUGAAUCUGCAUUUGUGUCUUUGCAAUGUUUGAUAGAUUUUUUGAAAUGUUUUAUGCAUUUUGCAAGAGGCUUUAUGAUGAUGAGACUGUUUUUUUGCAUUUCUUAUACUGUUUCAUCAAAUUAUUUUAUGAUAUAUAGAAUAUAGCAGUAUAACUGAAGUCUCAGUGCAAUACCACCAGUGAUUUUUAUCUUGAAGUUAUUAAAAACAAGGAAAGAAUGUUGUAGUCUUAUAAUGGUCCAGAUCUCAGUUGAGAUACAGAUUAAAUUUUUGCUUUAUUAUUUACACUUUAUUGUUCAUAUUCUUAUAGAUUUCUAUAUAGAGUACUGUGAUAUGAAAACAAUAUCGCUUUUCCAAACCAUCUCACUAUUUGACAAGAUGCCAGUAAUCAGAGCUUGAGAUUUUUGUGUCAAGCUACACUUAACACUCCAAAUUGUAUUCAAAGACAUUAUGUUAGCCGUAAAGAUGACACAGAGUGCUUCUGUAAGAUUCUCCAGAGAUAUUACUCUGUGCUGAUACCUUACAGUGUUUGCUCUUUUUUUUAUUCACUGAAAGCAGAUAUUGCCAGGUCAUAAAGCACUAUGGAAUUGGCAGGAAGAACUGCAUUUACAUUUUGAAUUUAGUGUUGAGUUUAAUCAUUUUUCUAUAGUAAUUCAUCUGUUUUUUAAUUUUGUUAAUUCAUAUGAUUACAAGAUUAAUUUUUUUUUAGACUGGACUGAUUGCAGGCAAGCAUGUAAAUAGGAAAACAAAACCAUUUUCUCUUUCCCAGUGAUAAUUGAAAGUUAAAAGUUUGACCUUAAGAGUCAGUCAGUAUUUAAAUGAUUCAUCCAUUUUUUUUUUUUUUUCUGAAGAAGAAGCUUUUGAAAGUUUCCUGAAAGUACUCAAUAGUAUUUAUCAGGAAUUAGGUAUAAAACCUACAGUAACAAGCCAUGCAUACAUUUAGUGUCCAUUUCUGUAGUAUUUUACACUGUAGAUGUUACUUUGGCAGAUAAGUAUUUUUACAUUAUUACACAGUUCAAAGUUCAUUAAUGGCUCUAGUUUUUAGGAUAUAAAUUGCUAAUAAUGCACAUCUUGUUAGCCUCUCAGUCAAACCUAUAAAAGAUAUUGCAUUUUAUAAGAAAAAGCAUUAGUAUGUAGAAACACACAUGGAAAUUAUUCAUGAAGAGGAACAGUGCAUUCCAAGGACUUACCAAGGAACCAUUGAGCAUUGACUGAACUUUGAAGAUUAAACGUGAUAAUAGCAGGUAGUUUAAAACUUAGAUGAUAGUGUAACUUUGUGAUAUUAAACCCUCCUCCUUUUCUGAAUAUGAAAAUCGCAGUUUGUAAGAUAAGCUGGGACAUUUCGUUCCAAAAGACCAAGUUGUUUGUUGACUCGUGGAGAGGGGACAAGGACUUUUUUCUCUAUCUUCUAUUAUCCAAAGCCAUUAUGUGGUACAAGUUUACUUUGGAGUUGGUACUGUAGCUAUAUGAAUACUAGAUGUAUCUAAAAAAAAAAUUCAGUACAAGGAAAUUUGGAUAAUAGCUACUGGCAUUUUCCCCUCUCCAAAUACAAUGUUUAUCUUUGAAAGUGCUCACUUCCACAUAGACAAUCUCACUCUCAAGGAGCUAUUGGCUCUGGUGUCCCAGGCAGUGGCACUUACCCCAUGGAAAGCCACCUCCAAAUUGAUAUUUUUCUCUCUUUUUUUUUUUCCUAUUGAUUAUGACAUCUACACUUUGUGUACUGUAUUUUAGUAAGAUUUGUCAUGAUUUGAUGGUUUUGAUUGUGUUUCUUUUUUUAUGCAAAUUACUUUUUACCUUCCAAAAGUAAAUAUUUAAUUGGUAGAAAUCAUUUACAGUAGAGAAAAGAAAUGAAAAUUGUCAAAAGUAUAGCAACAAGUAAGUGAACAUGUGAUGCAGGGUAGAGAUUGAGGAGACUAGUGUGGUGAUGGGUGCACUUAGAAGUUAAUUGUAAAGGCUACUGCAUUUACCCAGGGUGAGAAUAUUGAUCAUAGGAAAGCUUUAAUGUUUUUCUCUUGAGAAAAGGUAUUGAUUACUAAAUGUAAGGUGAAAUAAGAGCAAGAAAAGAAAUCAGGACUUCAUCAAUUGUCUAUCAUGCUAUUGUUUUUUGGUCUUUGUAAGAGGAUUUGUGAAUAGGUGCUAAAUUCAGUGCUUUAUGUUUCAUGUUUUGAUUUGGAAAAUUAUGAGGAAGUUGUAAAGAAUUCAUUAGAGUUGAAAUGGAAAGGAAAAUUGAAUAUAUUUUAUAAGGUGUGAAAUUAGGUUAUAGAUUCAUUAAAACAGAAGUGCAACAAGCCAUGGGCAAAAGCAGUGGAAGAAUACAUUUAUCACUUUGAAUAGUUAUUGAACAAUCAAGGUUAAGUAUGUAUUUUUAUCAUUCUAAACAGGAGUAAAAGAUAUUAUAAAGAAGUCUUGUUGGUUCUUUAUGUUAUAGCCUGAAUUGCAUUUAGUGUAGAAACAUAUAAUUUGGAUAAGGCUGAUGUAAAUUAAAGCAAACCUGUUUGGUAUUGUAGAGAAAGAGAGAAUUCCUAUCAAGUGGUGUAUCUGCAUCUUUCAGGACAAGGUAUGUGCUAAACUAGAUUGAUCUCUUAUUUUGCAUUAGGUAAAUGUGCUGUAGAAGGUUAUACAGAUAAUCUGCUACAGUUAUUAUUUAAACACUAAAACAGUAUUUAUGGUUUUGAGAGAUUUUUUUGUUUCUUAAAUACACUUGCAUUGUUAACACAUGUACUGAAACAGUAAAUUAUUAGAUGAAAGAGCUUUCAUAUUAGAAAACAAUUGAAAUCUAUUAAUCAGUGAUUGGAAAUAAAUUGUAAUACACAUAUUUGAUAUGCUAAGUAAAUUUAGAAGCAAGAGGAUUGGUGUCUCUUGCAAUAUGUAGACACUAUAGAUAACAGUAGAAACUCUGCAUCAUAGUUUUGUAGAAGCUUAUGCAUAAAUGGAAAAAAAAAACAAAUCCUCACUCAUGAUAGUUGUUAACAAUUUUUUUUUUAGUAAAGUUCCCAUGUUUGCUGCACUUUUGUAGUAUAGAUAUUAACUGCACUGCCAAGGAUAGAUAUAACAUCCCCAGGAUAAUUAACCAAAUGUACUACUCUAAUUAACAAAAUAGCAAAGGCAAAGAAGCUCUAGGAAUUACCAUAAUAGCAUGACAGUGAACAGUGUUAUAACCUCCCAGUGCUCAUUUGGUCAAAUUAGUGAAAGGGUCUUCCUCUGUGAAUUUACUGAGCAUUUUGAAGUUGUCACUUUGAAAUUUAUCUCUGUUGGAUAUUGAGAUUUUCAUCUUGUGUUCUCAUUAAAUAUUCCAGGUGCUGUUUCAACUUUCUUCUUCUUUUUUUUCUUUGUUAUAAGAAUUGUAAUUAAGUAUAGUUCAUAUAUAAUCACUACCAUUAAAAAUAGCAUCUAUUCAGUUGCACAGUGAAAUUAUUUGUAAGGAAUGCGAGUCUAAAGGGUGCUACACUUGCAUAGGAUUUGUGCUUUUUGUCAUUCCUGUAGUUUUCUAAGCCACUAUGUUCUGUCACUCUCAUAGGAAAUUAUGUACAGUAGCUUCCUGAAUGCCAGUGGGAUUUACAUGAUUCAUAAUAUCAAAUAGCAAGAGGGAUGAGAUCCUGUGGGUUUUGCUCCUGGUACUUCCAAGAACACGAUGGAAUGUGAUAGAUUUGCAUUUGAUUUUGUUAUGCUGCAGUACAAGGGACCAUUGACAAAAGCUUCAAAACAUGAAGAAGCUCAUGUGCACUAAUGUACUUUCUUCAUCACUUAUGUGUCUACUGCCACCUUCUUACUUCCUUACCAUAUGCUCAGAACACUCAUAAUAGUGUAAACCAUGCUGAGAGUCCUUGAAAGUCAUCUUCAGCAUUGUGUAUUAAAUUUUAUAUCACAAGUCUUAGAUCUGGUUCAUGCCAUAUGUGGACUGGAGAACAUUCAGCUGCUGUACUAGUAGCUUAUACUUCCAUCCUGUUACAAAAAUCAAAUUAUUUCAUAUGAUAUGGUCAUAAGUAGAGAGGAUGAAUUCCUGAUGUAAGCAGAAGUAUUCCUUGUUUAGUCAGAAUUGGCUAAUGGAAAUGGUCUAAAAAACCUUUGCCUUUUAUUCAACAAAUUUCAGUUGAAGUACUUGAAUAUGAUGUACAGUUUUUCCCAUGUUCAAAGUAUAUGGGUUUUAUAAUGCAGAUUCCCAACACCUGACCUAACUGAUUAUGCAUCAGAUUCUACUUUAUAUGUCAGCUAUAUACCAGUAGAAUUAGGAAAAUUCUCACAUGUAAAUUUUUCAAGUCCUUGUUAUUGGCAGCUAAACCUAAAAGUAUGUAAUGAUUGUAGAACUUAAGCUCAUGUCCAAUGACCAAUGUAAGUCUUUCACUUUUUGACCUUUAUAACUUAUUCUGUGGGUAGAAUAAGAAGACAUGAAAAAGAUUACAGUAAGCUAUGUUUUCAACCCAAGAGAGUGAUAUCCACGAUGUAUUCACUGACGUGACUAUGGACAUCAUACAGCUUUAACAAUUCAAUCUGGCAACUCAGUUGAUUUGCUGUUCAAGAUUUUAUUGUAUCUGACAUGGGAUGUAAGGAAGGUACCUGGUCCCCUGAAAAUGCUGUCUUUUAAGAUUACAGUAGUUUUUACUGAGGAGCUUCUUUCUGAUUUGUCAUGAAUUCAACACAGAAGAAGCCAGUGCUUCAUGAAUAUAUAUUAGUAUGAAAUAGAUUAUUCAGUGUAGUUAAGGGAAUCUUCUUUUUAGUUCAUACUUUAGAUUCAUUAUACUAAAUGUUAGAUUGUUGACUUUCCUUUUGAUCAAAUGGUCUGUAUGAUCAAACUGGUCAAAUUAACUCUUAAGGUAGACAUAAAUAAUGUGUUCUACUCACUUACAGUGUUAUAGAAUUGUAUUUGAUUAAACAUGAUUUGCAAUAAUGAAGAUUUCAUGAAUUAUAUAUUUUGUGUAUUUAGAUUCAUAAUGAAUAUCAUAAUAUUACUGGCACACAUUUUACAGCAUUUGGAGAAAAAGCAGUUUAGUUUUCCCCCAAAAAAUGGAUGGUUUAAUGUUGCAAUUGAGUGGAAUUACUGUUCAAAGCUAUAUAAAGUGUUCUUACUCUCAGCCAAAUGAUGUGCUCCUCGUAGCUUUAUCAAAGAUUCUCUGCUGCACUGUAAAUAUGUAUUUACUAAGAAUUCACAUCCAGCAGACAUAUAAAUCUGGUGCACUUUUGUAGGGGUGUGUUUUUUUUUAUUGUUUUGAAGGGCUCUUCUCUUCUGACCUGUGGUCCAUUUCUCACUAUACAGGGUAUUUCACAAAUGUCUGAUAAUAUACUGCUCAUAUUUUUCUUGGACUGGCUUCAAAUACAAAUUUUACUCUAUUUCUUAUUCAGGUGUCAAUGACAGAAUUGAAAAAUGUGAUAUCCCUAUGCUUAAAUGGAAGGCAUCAUUUAAUAUAGAUCUAAAUGUUUUAUAAGUGUUUGAUAUUUUGUAAAUGUAAAUGUUCUUGUUGCAAAUAGAGGAGAAUUUUUCUUUUCUUUUCUUUCUACUGGCUGAAACAGUAGCAUUCCAGUCAAAGACGUGAUAAAGUUAUUUUAUGUAAGCAUGAAAGAAUUUACUGGUUAUUUGCAAAGAACUGUCAGGCCAUUCAUAAAUGGAUAAUGUAUGGCUAGAAAGAAUUUACUGGGUUCUUAAUGAACCAAGAUUCUGAAUUCCACCUGUGUACAGUGUGUGGGUAUGCAUUUUUCAUAUACAGUUUAACAAUGUGUGAAGCUGAAGAUUCCAUGCUAGUAAUGUUUCCAGUCAGCUUUAAGAAGGCAUUAGUUGUAAGUUUUCCAAAGUUCCAAACUCAACCUUCAGUAUUGUAUGUAUAUGUUAAGUAUAUUCCAAUGAAACCUUCUGAAAUGGUAUGGUAGUUAUCAAUAUAAGCUUCAAAAUAUGUCUUUAAAAAAUGUCAGAUGAUGCAGUAUUUUGUACAUUUUUAACCUGUGGUUGUGACACCUUCCCAUGUAUAUGUGUUGGUUCAGAUUCAAUGUUCAUGUUGAUAGUUGUAUGGUGAUAUGUUUUGACUUUCCUGAUAUUGAUUAAAAUUACUGAAAGUAAAUGGUACCAUUUGGAAUGAUUAUGGUAUUGGAGUUAAUAGUCCCAUUUUAUGAUGCAAUGUUACAAAAUUUUCAAUAGUGAGACAACUCAUUUAGCAAUUUUGCAUGUAUUAGUGAUUUUUAUUGUAAUCAUUAUGAAGUCUAUUAUUUUACAUGACAUACCACAGUCGGUCAGUUUUGAUUGGUUUUCUUUUGAUGUAUCUACUGUACUUUCACCAGAAGUACUGCUUUUUUGUUCCUUCAGCAAAGAUAGAUAAUAUAGUGCUUGUUUGCAUUUCUUUUUAAUCAUAAGCUCUCCCCAUGUAGGCCUUAGUUGCUUGAGCACUGACAUUGCAGGAAGCAUUGAAAACACAAGACUAAGGGCAUUUUAACAGACAUUAAAAGCAAUUUAGGAUACAGCUGGUCUUGUACAGUGCAGUUUUUGUGUUUGUUCUUUUAUGUCUCAAUUGAUAUGUUAUCCUUUGACACAUUAGAUGUUUUGUCUGAUACCAAAAUAUUUCAACAUUGCACUGAUCAGAAGUUACAGGUGAGUUCAUGAAAGUAUAUUUUCUUCAGAAAAAUGAGUACACAUUUUAAAAUGAUUAUAAUGUAUUCCCUCUCUGGGAAUUGAGGUCAUCAUUCAAGGAUUUAUCAGCCACUUAUCCCUCAGACUUUAGUAGAAUUAUCUUUUAUGACAGGUAUUAAGAUAGUUAUACUACUUUGGGAUUUUCUGUAUGCAGUAGGCAAAUCCAGAUUUCUUUAGAGAGAAUAAGUAAAUCAGUGAAAUUUGUAUUGGACAAGGCCUAAUUGUAUACAGACGUCCUCUCCAUAUUAACAAAGUACAUCAGCUUUAAUUAUCAAAAUGAUAACAGUAUCUAAAGAACUCUAUGUUUUCCUUUGAGGGCUGUAGUUUUUAUGCUGUCAUUAUUUUAAAAUAAAGCAAGAGUAACCAUUUAGAAAUUCAUAUAUGAUGUCUGUAAUUUUUUUAAAAAUUAAUCAAAUAUUAAAUAAUAUGAUGUGUAUUUAGCAAUAAUUUAACAUUCCUUGUAUUCUGUAGAAGACUAAAAAUAGUCGAGAGAUGUAGAAAAUUUGGAUUCGGUUCUCUAACUAAUAUUUUUAAUUUGGAUGAAAUAUAUAUGUGAUACUAAAAGCAUAAAACUUCACUAAAAAGGUUUUAGUAAUUUUAAUACAUCUUUCUCUUUUGCAGUGACAUAUUCAAUGUAUGAGUAGUCAUGUUAUUAAUGUAAUAUUUAAAGGCUAAUGGUAAUAUCAUCUCCUAUUUUGUGAAAAUCACAUACAGGAGUUCAGUUUGAAAACAGUCUAUUUCAUAUGUAAGAUGCUUUUAAAAUCUCUAUUUUUUUUUGUCACUGAUAUAGAUCCUUUGAAUCUGUGGUAUAAGUAAUGCAGUGUGAUAUAUAUGUAUUUUUUGCAUUAAUGUAUUUUCUCAAUUUUUCUCGUUAACGUAUAAUUCGGUAGGCCAAAUUACUGUAAGCAUGAUUAUUAGGAAAAAAUACACUACAGUGGAACAAUUUAACAGAUAUUGCCUAUUGCACAUUCAUUGUUAAUAUUGAACAUUUAUUGAUAUGGACCAUGUCUUUCAUAACUGUAGUAUCAUGUAAUACCAAGAACAACAAAUUGUAGUGUGCAUAUUGCAACCAUCACAACUUAGGCAUCAUGGGGAUGGCUUGUUUAAUAGCUUGUACAACUAUCACUAAGUGCAUUCCCAGCUCUCAGGCUCAGCAAUAAAAUAUGUACCGAUGA